CAACAAUAGCGCACUUCUCGGUUCACAUUGGGAAACCAGUGAUUUCUCAAGUCCAAACUAUAUAAGUAGCCGACUAGGGUGAGAGACGCCGCUAAACGUGCUAAUUCGGGUUAUUCCAUCUGCAGUAAUUCAACCAUUGAAUCACAUCAUUAACUUCCAGUCCCAUUUGUAAUGCUCUAAAGCGUUUAGCGUCGCCUUCUUUUGCAUAUCCUCGCUCUUUACAUUUCCAACCACGACCAGCAUGCGUCGCAUGUCCUCUGUCUUCUUUGCGAGACGUGCUGACAAGCCUGAUGCACCGUCGUCCAACAACAUCGACCCUCCCCCACAAGAAGCUACGAAACGGAAGACUAGAAUGUUUAACUCGCUUUCUCGAAAAGCAGUACCCACACAGCUCGUCACUAGCGGUUCUUCCUCCUCAACAUCCUCCGGCUCUGCGGAGUUGCGUACUCCUGACGAUGAAGAGCUGCCCCGCAUACGCAUGCCCAGCCAGAAAGGUAGCUGGAAAUCAUGGUUAGGGGCGAAAAACCUGGACAGAGUUGAAGGAGGUACGAAAUCAGCUUGGCUACCGCCUUUCCCGACGACAGAGAUCGCAUUACGUCCUCCACCGAAACCGACAUCGAAUGAAACGGAUGAUACGUCAUCUGAAUCUGAAUCUGAAGCAGAUCAUCCUCAGGAUCCUCCCAUUCAGAACUUUUCACAAUCUAUUACCCAGGCACGAAAGAGUAUGAGCGUAAUUAUUCUCAACAGCUCGGUUGACAGUGAUCGCCCUUCUUGCCCUCCUCUUUUGGAUAUUCCCCACAACACACCCUUCCCCCGUUCCUGUCUUCGUGUGGGACAUGUUCGUCGCCGAGACACCCUGGAAUCCAAGAUGCACAAAGCACUACUCUUGAGCAGGCUGGAGUCCCUCUCCCCCGCAGAGGAGCGCCGUCUGGCACCCCUUGGUAGUCGGUCCGUGGCUCUGAAAGAAGCACCGGCAUACAAUCCCGAUGUCGACACUUGGCCGAAGGCACAGUUCUUAAGGAGAAACAGCGAAGGUCUCGGCAAUUGGGCGGCUCGCCCUUGUUACGAAGACCGAGUUCUUGUCUGGACUCGCCAAGGACCUUCCGGUGAAAUAGUCACCUCUGGCAUCUCUGGGUCACAGCUUGGUGUCGCGGCUCUCGAAUUAUCGGAGCCGUUGCAAAUACUGGCGGGUUUACUAUCCGACAUUGAUGAUGGCUUCGAUCCGUCUCCAGAGCCUCAGCCUCAGCCGUUUCUACCUACCUCUGGGGCUGCCGCAGUCGCAUUGCCAUCGACGGAAAAACCCACCCUUUCCGUUGCCGUCGCAGACUUUGAAUUCUCGCCCCUUACGCUUGCAGUUGACUCACCGGACGAAUCUAAAAAGGAAACUAGCAAUCUCAACGCAACAGAGCCUACCCCUAGACCCGCUGUCAAACGAGGUGUCAGGUUCGCGGAAGAUGGCAAGGACGAUCAAAUCCCCUUGGGUUAUGUCCUACGUAUCAAGAAAAGGCGCGAGGAGAAAGCCAGGUUUCUUCGUGAAGAACGUGAGAAGCGAGAAUUGGAAGCGGGACAGCGUGCGCAGGAUGUCAGGCGCGCGCGUGAGGAAGAACACCGUUUGCGGGAGGAAGAACGCCGGUUGUGGGAAGCACAGAUGAGAGAGCAGGAAGGGGAGCACAAGGCUCGUGAACUCCACAAGAAGAAAAUAGAGGAAGAAAGACGACACCAGAAUUACGCCUCGGAGUUACAGGCUUCGCGGGCCCGCCGAGAAGCCUCUAGAGCUGGCCAUAUCUCCUCUUCGUCCUCCCUGGUUCGGGACAUAGAACGUGAUAGAUCUGCAUCCCGCGGCGCUCACCCGUCUGGGUUACUAUCAACGCGCCAACGAACAACGGAUCUCAAGGUCUCUUCUUCAAAUCUCUCGCCUGGCGAUGGUUCUCCUGCCAGCUCGAUGCCUGCUACCCCAGGGAGCCAGCAUAGCUUCUCAGGGCCUCCAUCCGUCUACUCAACUCACACCACCUCAUCAGAAGAUGCACGAGGUCGGGAUGGGCGACGUAUUAGCAAACGCACCUCUGUUGCAUUUGACCCGUCAAAGCAAUAUUCGUUGCCGUUGUCGAAUCCACGCGCGUCGCUUCUACCAUAUAACCCUUGGGGCAACAUGCCUGUUUCGCCUUUUCCCGUUCAACCAAUCUCGCCGCUUCCCAUCUCUCCCAUGAUGACCAUGCCAUUCUAUUCCUUGGACCCUUUACUUCCCCCUUCCCCUGCUUUCAUGAUGAACCAGUUUGGCAUGAUGAAUCAGUUCGGACCGCAACCGCACCCGCAACCGUACCCUUCCCAUGGUCAAGUUCCCUCGUCUCCACGACAAAACAGCUUCUCGACUCAUAGCGUAGAAGGCGUCCACCAUAAAUCUCGCGCUGCCUCUAAUUCUCCCGGGCACUUUCCUAAGCACCAGCGGCGUGCCAGCGAUGAUACACGCGGGCACCCGAGUAGUAGUAAUGCUACAGCUGAUCGAAAGUACGGAAGCCAAACAGAUCUGCGGGACAGAAGGUUUUCCCAAGCUGCACACUCUUCCCAUAGCAGUGGCCUUCAUCGUUCCCAUCAGCCACCUGCAUUAGUGCACGCUCACACUGCACCUGGAAGGCCAGUUUCGACGUCCCAAACCCGCUCGACGCCAAGUCGGCAUCAAAGUGUAUACCCAUAGCACAUGCAGGACAUUUAAUCACGGACCUGUUAAUACCGCAUCAGGACCCUAUCUUUGGCGUCACGCUCAUUUACAUAACGGCAUAAAUACUCAUCUUACAUCGGAAUCAUCGCAACACAGUUCUAUUGUUUAGGUUCAAUCGUACUCUUAUGCCCACUAUACGAGCGCAUCGUAUCAUUAUUAAUCUUCUAGCAUUCAUUCUACGCGGUACUGCGGGCAUAUGUUCUCGAUAUGCUCUUGGCCGUGUCCAACUUCAUGUUUUCACUUCAUCUAAUUCAUGUACAAUGCACAUCGUUCUCAGUAGGAAAU